AUGGCUCCUCGUAUCAAAAGCGUCGCCAUAAUUGGCGCUGGUCCGGCCGGUGCGAUUGCCGUGGAUGCAUUCGCCCAGGAACAGGCUUUCGAUCGGAUCAGGGUGUUUGAACGGCGAGAAAAGGCGGGUGGUUGUUGGAUCUACGACAACGACGAACCACCACCACUAACUGAUUUCGACGCCCUUUCGUCUCGAACAGCCGAUGCACCUGUCAAUGCGCCAGGUUCUCUCCCGGGGUAUUUCCCUCGGUCGAGUCAGCACCGUUUCGACGAUACACCGGUUUAUCCAGCCUUAGAGGCCAACAUCGAUUCUGGGAUUAUGCAAUACUCCCAGGAACCCAUUCCGGAAGUUCGAAGCAAGGCCUCGGUCGCGCUCCAUGGGCAGGAUACCCCGUUUCGACACCAUACUGUUAUCCAGCGGUAUAUUGAGUCGCUGCUUAAUCGCAAAGGGUAUAACCGACUUGUCGAGUAUAGCACCACUGUUGAAAAUGCCGAGAAGGGGGCUAGUGAUGGGAAAUGGGUGUUGACCCUCCGGAAACAGGUUCCGGGGCUGGAGAAGGAUUACUGGUGGCAGGAGGAGUUUGAUGCAUUGGUUGUUGCGACGGGGCAUUAUAGCGUGCCUUAUGUUCCUGUUAUCAAAGGACUGAAGGAGUUUGCGGCGGAGGUGCCGGGGAGUGUGCUGCAUACGAAGGGAUUCAGAGAGCCUGAAACGUACCGUGGGAAGCGAGUGGUUACAGUUGGCGCCUCAGUCUCCGGUGCUGAUACCGCAGUGAGUCUGACUGGCAUCGCUCAAGAUCCAAUCUACGCUGUGGUCCGGGGCAAAUACAAUGGAUACUUCGGAGACGAAGCAUUCAAGCAUCCCCAGAUUCAACGAAAGCCACCAAUCUCGCACAUUGACGGACAAGGCAGCAGGCGCACUGUUCACUUCGAGGACGGCACGUCGGUUGCGGACGUCGACCAUAUCAUCCUUGGAACUGGCUAUACCUGGACACUGCCAUUCCUGCCGAGAGUUGCAGUUCGUAAUAAUCGAGUCCCGGAGUUGUAUCUACAUAUCUUCCACCAGCAGGAUCCGACGCUGGCAUUUAUUGGAGCCGUUGCUGCUGGAUUUACGUUCAAGGUUUUUGAAUGGCAAUCAACUCUUGCUGCCCGUGUGUUUUCCGGUAAAGCAAUGCUGCCAUCGCUCCAGGAACAACGGGAUUGGGAAGCAAAGAGGAUCGAAGAGAGAGGCGACGGUGUCAAGUUCACCCUGAUCAGCCCGGACUUUGAGAACUACUUUGAGCUGCUGAGAACGCUGGCUACACACCCAAAAGAUGGAGAACCAGGUCGACGACUGCCAAAGUUCGAUCCAGCCUGGGUCCAGCAGUUUGCUGCAAGCCAUCAGAGACGUAUAAACAUGUGGAAGCGAGCGAAUGAGGGAGCAGGUCAGACUGGCAGAGUCUCAAAGCUGUAG